CUCGUUAUCGACGUUGAAUGACGUUUAAAAAACGUGAAAAGAAAUUUUGUAGGUUAGGGAGAUGGAGACUCAUCCUGCGUUAGCAAUUCGCUCCAGUGUCGGCGUUGAGCUAUGGAAUUCGGGAUCGAAAGUUGAUUACGCACCAAAUCCGAACUUUCCCCGUGAUGAAAGUAAAUUCUGUCGAGCUAUUGCUUUCAGCGGUGAUGGACGUUUUCUCGCAUGGGCCAACGGAACAAAUGUUCAGAUAUGUUCGUCGAAGGACUGGAAAGUGAUUUUCUCGUUGCCAAAGCCGAAAACGUUUUAUCUGAAAUUUUCUCCGAGCGGAAAGUACUUAGUCUUGUGGGAACUGUUCAUGACCACCAAGGAGAAUGCCGAAGGAACUCCCAAUCUGAACGUUUACAGCACCGGCGAUGGAAAUUGCAUAUUUUCCACCAUUCAGAAGAAGAAUACGGACUGGGAACCGCAUUGGUCUUGCGAUGAGUCGAUUUUGGCCUUUAUGGUUGGCGGCGAAGCAUUUUUCUACGAAACAACUGAACCGAACGGUUUUGAGAAAGCUGCUAAAAAGAUUGGUGGCGCCAGAAAUGGUAGCAUUUCCCUUUCACCGUAUGGCACCAAUCCGUACGUUGCAUUUCAUGUGCCUGGUGUUAAAGGUUCGCCGUCUAUGUGCAAAAUUUUCAAAUAUCCGGACAUACAAGCAGCCCAACCAAUUGGCUGUAAGAGUUUUUUCCAGGCCGACCGCGUGGAAAUGAUGUGGAAUAAACGCAGUACGGGAUUAAUACUUCUCACAAGCACCGAGGUGGACGCAACUGGUGCUUCAUAUUAUGGAAAACAAGCCUUGCAUUUUAUGUCGACAAGGGGCGACUCAUUUGCUGUUCAACUGAAGAAAGAAGGCCCAAUCCAUGCUGUUGAAUGGAACCCGAAUUCGACCGAAUUUUGUGUCGUCUACGGUUUUAUGCCAGCAAAAGCGUCGUUCUUCAAUGUAAAAUGUGAUUCAACAUUCGAUUGUGAUGAGGGAGCUAGGAACAGUAUUUACUACAAUCCAUUCGGAAAUUUAGUUAUAUUGGCUGGUUUCGGUAAUCUUCGCGGCAAUGUUGAGGUGUGGGAUGUGGCGAAGAAGAAAAUUGUAACAACGCUGCAGGCACCCGACUCAACGUUGUUGGAAUGGUGUCAGAAUGGUGAAAUGUUCGUUACUGCAACGACCGCCCCACGACUUCGGAUGUCGAAUGGAUUCAAAGUUUGGCAUUACUCGGGUGCUCUUUUGCAUGAAACCAUGUGGCCCAAUGGUCAGGAGCUACUCGAAGUCAUUUGGCAGACCUAUCCGAGUGGAACAUUCACUGAAAAGCCGAUAACGAAUGUUAAACUGGAAGGUAUCAAAUCUACUCAACCACAAGCCAGCACGCAAGCGUACAAACCGCCAAACGCUCGUGGAAUUAACAUUACACCAUCGAGACCGUCAACCGCAACCAGCGACAAUCGCAUUCCAGGUGUAGCGAAAUCUGGCCGCAAAGACAGACGCAACGUACGUUCGGCCAAUUUUGCGAAAAAUAGAAAUGGCGACGAAAAUGACGAUGCAAGCAACAAUGACGAUGCUGCUGCUCAAACAAAUAACGCACAAUCACAACGGUUUCGGCCGAUCAGCAGGGACAAUGCCAAGAAACCGCAAAAGCCAGCCCAGCCAGAAGAUCCGGAGAAAGCGAAACGUAUCAAAGCCGUCAAUAAGAAGCUGAACGACAUUUCAAAGUUGAAAGGUCGACGAGAGAAGGGCGAACAUUUAGAGUUGAAUCAAAUACAGAAAAUCGAUUCGGAGGCGUCGCUAAUCAAGGAACUGCACGAUUUGAAAAUUGCGUAAAGUACAACUAGCAGAAGUGGCAGAAGUGGUUCUCUUUUUCUUAUUUCUUUUGGUACUGUAAAUUUUGACCGUAAACAUUGUUUUUGUUGCAACACAUUUUUUGCUAGUUAAAUAAAAAUUUAAUUACGAAUCAGA